AUGCUGAAAAUUUCAAUAAUACCAGACACUAAUGUGCUCCUUUUGAAUCUAGAGCUAGUCAAAGGGCUGUAUAGUAGCAAAUUGCCAAUUCUGUACAGCAUUAAUUUUUCUAGAACAGUUCUUGAGGAGCUUGACAAGAUGAAGGCUAAGAAAGUAGAGGCUAGAAAUGCAAUCAGAUUCAUUGAGAGCAUCUCGAGUUCAUUAAAAACAGAAAUAGAAGGGAAGAUUGACGACAGGAAGGUGGAUGUUGUGAUUGAGACGCGAGAAACAAUCCAACCUAAGAAUAAUGAUGAUAAAAUACUCAACUAUUGUUUCCAACUAGAAAACCCCAUAUUUCUGACAAAUGACAAGGCGUUUUGCUUAAAAUGCCAGUCUUUUAAUAUAAAAUCAAUAAAGGUUGAGAAUAUGGGCAUUGAAGAUCUCAUAUCGUCAAUAAUGAAAAAGCUCGGCAUUGAAGAUGCAAGAAUAUUGAAGGAGUGCCGACACGGAUACAUAGACAGGCUGAAAAGGAUCGUAGAGGCGACAAUUCAGCCCACAAUAAUAGAGAUACUCUACAAAGAGCUGGGAGACGGCUUUGAUCUUGUUGUACAGCAGAACCCAACACUUGAACACUAUUUGGAAAUAAUAAAGACCAAUUUUAUUAUCUUUAGAAGAUAUUUUCCGACACGUACACCUAAAAUUAUUGACGAGUUUUUGGUUGCUUUAAGAAACGAAGAUAUGGAAAAGGCAAAAGAUCUAGCACACCCAAUUUGCAUGCUUUUUCGGAAGUCGUUUCCCCGGGACGCAUUAUAG